UAUUAGCUCAGCAAAGCUGGAUGAAGAAUUUGAAAAAAAAUUCAACAGCCUCCCUCAAUAUAGUCCUGUUACAUUUGACCGGAAAUGCGUACCUGUCCCAAGGAAAAAGAAGAAGACUGGAAACAUGUCCUCAGAACCGACUAAAACCAGCAAAGGUCCUUUCCAGUCUCAGAAAAAGAACUUAUUCCACAAAAUUGUCAGCAAAUAUAAGCACAAAAAGGAGAAGCCUAAUGUUCCGGAAAAAGGAAGUGGGGAUAAAUGGUCAAACAAGCAACUCUUCUUGGAUGCCAUUCACCCUACAGAAGCCAUAUUUUCAGAAGACAAGAACACCACAGAGCCUGCUCAUAAGGUUAAAAAUGCCCUAUCCAUUCCCAACACUCCAGAGCCAACAACAACACAAGAACCCUUGGUGGGCAGCCAAAAGAGAAAAGCAAGAAAAACCAAGAUCACCCACCUUGUCAGAACAGCAGAUGGCCGGGUAUCACCAGCAGGAGGUACUUUGGGUAAGAAGAGGAAGCUUUAGAUGAGAGAGAACCAGAGCAAGGUGAUGACUGU